AAAAAUAAAAUAAAAUAAAAUAAAUAGGAUCUUCUCUAGAAAAAAAAAAACUUCCCAAUUUCCAGGAUAAACAAAACCUCCUAAAACUCCUAUUACCAACAGUUAUGAAUCACUCAAAACAUCAAAAUACUUGCAAAAACCCUAACGUGCAGCAACAGCAGCAGCAGCAGAAGGAGAUGGAGAAGUUGAGAGAAGUAAUCUUGAAACUUUCCAACAGUGAACCAAAUGUACCAUUGUCAGAGACCCAAAACGCUAUUCUUCAACAACACCUUAACAAUUUCCUCUCUCGUCUUCAUAUUACUCCUGAUCAUCCUCCCUAUACUUGGAUGAUUGAAAAGGCCUUGCAGGAAUUGAAUGAAGAAGGAGGUUCCAGUGAAGACUCAAUAUCUGAGUUUAUCAAGAAAGAACAUGACAGUUUGCCGUGCGCUCAUAUGACCGUGCUGAAACAUCAUCUACAGAAGAUGACUGAAAAGGGAGAAAUCCUUAUGAAUGAUGGGCGGUUUUUGCUUCCUGGUGACAGCAAAAGCGUGAAUCCAAAGAGAAAAAGAAAGAGGAAAUGUGUAAAGAGGAAGAAAAAGGGGAAUUCGGAAAUUAAACAAAAGAAGUCGGGGCAGAAGAAAAAGGAGGAGGACAAGCAGGUGCAGCAUGAUGAUAUAGAAGUUGUUAGAGAACAGAAGGAUCUGGAUGAACAACAAAAUGACGUCACUGUUGAUGGAAAUCGUGGGCAAGAAAAUCGAAUACAUGAAGAAUAUUGGGCGUUGAAUGAGCAUCAUAAUGAACCGAGCACAGAUAAAGGAAAUGCGCAAUUAAGUGGCCAGCAAAAAGAUGUAACUGGAACUAAAGUUUUUAGUAGAAGAGUUCUGAGGAGUACAGUACAUAAACAGAAAGGGAAAGAACAAGUUGAUGCUACUGAAGGAUCACUGCAAUCCUCCGUAGAUAUUGGGAGUGGUAUAGGUUGUAAUACAGGGUCUGUGCCUAUUGAACCUCCCGGCUUUAUGAUGACAGAAGAGAUUGAGCAUUUGCAGGAUUCAGAGUUGCAGCAAUCGCAGCUUAGUCUCAGCACAGUUGAGGAAACAGCUGAUAUUAGUAAUUUAUAUCCACAAGAAAUUCUGGAAAAUGAACAACCUGGAGAUGACCUGCCUCAACUUUUAAGUCCUGAAGCACCUCCAGGUUUUGAGUUUCUGGUGGUGGAGGAUGCCACAGCAAAUAAAGCACAUACCUCUUCGUCAGUAGAUUUGGACUUACUGAAAGAACACACCUCUUUGUCAGUAGGUUUGGAUUUACCGAAAGAAGACUGUUUUAUGCAUCAGAGUUCUGACAGACCCAGUGUAGAGGAGGCUCUAUUGAAGAGUAAGAAGCAGCAAAAGAAGCACCAUAGCUGGCAGCAAACAAAUAGGCCAAUGACUAGGGCGCAAAGGAAAGGAACAGUAACUCCAAAUGAGCAACCUAUUUCAGGUAGGAACAGAACACAAGUACAGUUAGCAAUGGAGAGGUCAUCAGAACCUAAGCAGCCUUCCAUUGAGAAUUCAUCUGAAACAGAUCGUGCACAAAGACAACAGAAACGCUGGAGCAAAAACCUGGUUGAACCUAAAUCAGUAAGUACCUUUAAAGUGGAACGAUUGGCAUUGUGUGACUCAGCGGAUCAACAGUUAGUACUUAUGGAAGAGCCUUUAAGCAUCUCUAAACCAUUAUGUGCCUCAGCGAAUCAACAUUUAGUUCAAAUGGAAGAGCCGUUGGCAUUGGCAACAGGGGAGGAGGCAUUGAAUUUGACUGAUCCUCAACAUGAGGUGCACUUGAAGCAACCAAAAGAUAAGCGUCGUGGGAGGGCUCUUAAGGGCAAGGAUGAUGGGGCUAUUCCAGAUACUACACUUUUGAAGGAUGUGAGAUUAUCUAAGAAGCUAACAAAGAAACAAAAUGAUCGAGGUGGAGGAAGGCGUAGGAAUGCACAGUAAAGUGAGCCUUGCAGUUUGUUGAUUCUUUCUCUUAUGAGGGCAAAAGGUCUAUACUGGAGUGAUGUGUGUAUACGAAGAUCCUGAGAAUGAAGAAAUUGUUGGUGGAAACGCGAAACUAGAUUAGUCGGGUUAGUGAAUACCAGAAACUAGAUGGUUAUACCAAAAAGCAAAGUUGAUAUGAAGCUCUCUCUUGGAUAGAUUUCAUUUCUGAAAUCAUUCUUCUGUACUCAAUUGGAAUUUCAGUUAGCUAGGAUAAUUUAGUUAUAUUAGAACCUGGACAUUUUCUUCAUACUGUAGAAAAGCUAGACUUAUUUCUUUCAGGUAUUAUAUUGUUUAAACUUGGAUUUCUUAUAACAUGGUCUUC